UUUAUAACAAUUCUUGUUUUAGCAAAGACAGAUUAUAUAGAGUGCUUACGUGGACCUACUUGUCCUGUUAUGAGUGAGUGAAUAGGUAAAAUAUGUCGUGGGUAGAAUCCGGAUACAUAAGUCAUCCAACAACAGACAAUCAGUAUUCUAUUAAUGAUUCCAGCUUUGAAGUGCGGGACAGGGAAAUUUACAACGUUUCUGCAAUGUUUGACGACACCAUUACGAUACGGAACGAACCGACAUCGUUUGAUGAUAUAAACCUUGAAAUAAGAGAGCAGCCCUACUCGGUAACCAGCACCACCUCGACCAUAUCCUUGCUCUUUGGCGGCUUUACUGACUGCAUGCAACCAGUCAAAUCAGUUUACUCCUCUAUGAAAGGAUAUUUCAACCCGUAUAAGAUAGACGGUAAGGAUAUCCACCUAGAUACGGUGCGAGACCUCCACGCUCAAGGAAUGGAGGGCAAUGUGUACAGAACACGGUUCAUGGGCAACAACGUGGCGGUAAAGAGGCUAGUUCUGAGGAAGUCGUAUAACCCUGAGCUGAUUGAAAUGUUAGCUCGGCUGCGGCCCGACAACAUAGUCGCAUUCACGGGUCACACCAUGGAACCUCCUCAGUACAUCAUGGAGUUCCUCCCCCACGGCACACUCUCCCACUUUAUCAGCGGUGGAGGCGAAAUCCCACCCAAGCGAUUGAUACGAUGGUCCAGGAAUAUAGUGAAUGGCCUGGAACAUUUGCACCGACUCAAUGUUAUACAUUGUGAUCUCAAGUCAGCUAAUCUAAUGCUGGACGAUAGUAGAGGUGAAAUGGAACUGAAGAUAAUUGAUCUAGAGAGUUCUAUCACAGUUCCUGAAGGUCUUGAUCAGGUGCCGGUAACCCAAGCACGGGGUACUACACCCUACAUGUCCCCCGAGAUGAUUAAACAGCUACCUUGUACCACGAUGGUAGACAUCUGGGGCUUUGGUAUUGUCCUGUGGGAGAUGGUUACCCUAAAACCGCCUUAUAAGGGAAAAGAAGAGCAGUACGUGUUUUACGGUAUAGGAAUGAACAAGAUAUCUCUCCCUAUCCCCGAUGAUAUCCCGGAUGGUAUCAAACUUCUCCUGCAAAUGUGCUGGAAGCAAGCUCCAGAAGCUCGGCCUGGAGCGCUGUACAUCAAGAAACAUCUCGAAGUACUGGAAGGCGACCUGAAGUUGACCUCCAAUGAGAGCUACAGACAGAGCCAGAUGUCUUGGAGACAGGAUUGCGAGUAUGACGAGUACGAGUUUGAUAUGGAGGAGAUAAAACAGUGGUGUAAAGAUCUGGAGUGCUAUAGACUACUUCAAAUGAGGUACAACGCCCUGAUGACAAGCUACAAUAAUCUGUACCAAGAAUUCAAAAAGUUAAAGAAAGGGCAAGAACCGACGCUGACCAGAACUCGGAAAAAGUCGUCCAAAAAGAAGAAAAAAUCAACCAGCAAAACAUCCCUCCUGUUUUCAAAUCAGAACCACGUGACCUUGACUCGCACAGUCUCCGCUCCUCUUAUCACGGAGAAGAACACCCUUCACAGAAUAACGGACAGUGUGAGGUUGUGUCAGACACCUAAAGCCAAUACUCUCGGUGCCAAAUCCAGACCAGAAAACUUACCUCUUUCUGAUGAAAGCUGCUGCCCAUUCGACAGGAAUAACGAUUACGUGAGCCCGAUCGAGAGUGACAGUUCAACAUCUUCCCGUGGUAGUAUAGGAGCUCACGCAGAUAUAGAGAGCGGGGCAGAAACCUCCGAACAAGACAGGAUCAGGCUUCCUAUACAGAGGAGACACAUUGCUAAACUUAACCAGACGACAGAGGAAGGUGACUCCGCGUUCGACCUCAGUUUGUCAUCCCAACCAGAAAUACGAGAGCUGGCAGAUUCCGACACUGACGUUCAGGUAUCUGGGGACGAGUUUGGGGACGAGAACCUGGAGAACUAUGGUGUCACGUGCGUUUAAAUCCGGUCACGUGCGUUUAAAUCCGGUCACGUGCGUUUAAAUCCGGUCACGUGCGUUUAAAUCCGGUCACGUGCGUUUACCUCUAGUUAUCUCAUGACUACCUGAAUGUUAUAUAUACGUGCACUGGACUGCACUAUAUGGAUGCAACUGUUUUACAAGAGGUACUGAGCCUAGUGAUAGACUUAAAAUUGUUCAUUCUAUGAACCCUGAAACCCAUUCGAGAAAGUCUUCGGCGGAUGAAGUUGUUUAAAUGGAGGAAACCUUAUUAUUAUUAUUGAAUUAUUUUUCAAAUUGAUGGUGCCAUAUUUCGUUGCUAACAAUUACGAAUAUAGAUUGCUGCUUUAAUGAUUGUGUUUGUUGGACAGCAUUUAUUCAGCAGAGCAUGUAACUGUCAUUUCAUUAAGAGUUAUAAUUUUGGAGCUGUAUGAGAGUACUCUGUAAUUGUGGCUCCGAUUUUAUCCCUGACUUUAUCUCCAGAAACAAAAUAGUCUAAAAAAAAUGUAAAUUAUUUAAGUUAAUCGUCAGUCCGAAUUAUUUUCAGUUAUAUUCAGUCAUGAUGUUCGGUUAUGAUCAUCUACUUUUAUUGUGUGUAACGUGGUCGGUGUCUUUCGCUGUAAUUGGCCACCUUACUUGACAGAAUUUUUAGUUUUUCGGGCUUACAACCUUCUUAUUUUAUACUUUUUUUAAUGUUUUUAGCGUGUAAUUUAUUCCAGUGUAAAAGAACGGGAAUUUGAAGGUUACUAAGGUGAAGGGGAAUAUGGUGUUGGAUUUGAUUUUUGUUUAUUAUACAUGCUCGUGUAUUUUCGAGCAUUAAUUUAAUGGUGAUUGCUUACACGUUUGAGUUUUAAAUUUAAUAUUAAGAUACGAAAAGUUUUUCUAAACCGUCUGAAAAUGCUGCUGACUGACAAUGAUAAUGGAAAUUAUACUCUGUGCAAUUCAACAACUGAAUGCGCCGAGCUUGAAUCUGGCGGUUAGCACUUCGUCAGUUCUAUCUGAUCAUUUAUAUAAGAAAAUUCCGGAUCCAUUUUGAUGUAUAAUGUAAAUCUAUAGUUUUACCAGAAUCGACAGUCAGCAGUGAGCCUUGAGAAUGAAAUUUACUUUGAGUACGGCUCAUGAUUCAAAUUUGAUCAUUGUUAUUAUGAAUUUGUCUUCAAAUGAUACUGCUAGUGCAACAGAGAUUUAACUUUGCUAAGGUGAAGUAAACACAGUCAAGUGUCCCGUGAAUCAUUAUCAUCGAUGACCGUUGUAAAUUAUUAUUUUAUAAAAUCAACUCUUUAAAAAUCAAUACUGACUUAA